AUGCAAAUUACUCUUGACUUUGGAUUUCAACAACCCAGAUAUCCCUUGAAAAGCAAGAAAGGUAGAGACGUCACAGACGUCCAAGCAUCACCUGAGGUUUCAGCUGAAUUGGGAAGAUUAGAUCAAAUUUUAAAUGUUUUUGACAGCCCAGUUUAUAAUUCGACUCUAAAGUCACACUUCCGCGAAUCUAUAUUUACUACCCUUUCUAGAGGUAGAUCGUCAAGAUACAGCAAUAUGAAUUACUCCGCCUUAGACCCGCAUAUACGUGGUCCUUUCCGAGCAGUAAACUUACGCUUGAUGAAUAAUGUCGAAUCUUACCUAUCGUUUCUUAGCAGUAAAUUUGAGAUUGAGACUCUCAAAAGUAAGUUAACCUCAGUACCCACAUCUGCUGAAUAUGAUAAAGUGGCACAAAUUCGUGUUCACGAUCCAACAGAUUUAUCGAAACCAAUAUUUCUUUCGAUGCGUGAGGUACAAUCAUCACCUGCUACUAUACUUGCUGCGAUGUUCCAAUUAUAUACAACAUCCAACCAUAGUAGCUAUCCAUCUGAUUAUGCUGACAAUAAAAUGUUUGGAUUAACUAUAAAUACUGAUAUUCAUGUAUUGUUUGGGAAACUUCUUCAAUCUUACAACAUAUGA